AUUUCCCUUAUGGUCCACACCGUUCAUACACCUCUUCGAACGCGAUUCUCGAAGUAAUGACCCUCCCCACGAGCUCUAAGACCGCCGCUGCCGCCCUCUGCUCGCUCCUGUAGUCCACUUCUCCGCCUCCACCAGCAUCGCCACGAUCGGGUGGCAUGCUAGAGCGAACGGCAGCAUGCAUCAAAGCCGGAGCUCGAGACUCUCUCAAAUGCGCCCAGCAGUCUCCGUGGGCCAGCACGCGUCGGCUGCAUCAGGCAUUUUGGACUCAUGGCGCUGGCGACCUCGACCUUCUUCCGACCUAUGUUCCAUCGCCCUCCACACCGGCGACAGGCUUGCCAGUCAGGCGCAAUGACACCCACUCAGAACGACAGAAAGAUCGAACAAAGGAGCCUGCAUCACUUGCCGCGGAUGCCAUUUUUCUCGAUUUCUUGUAUCCACCACAGGCUCUAGCGUAUGUGCAUCGUACGAGCAGGCAGCAGCUCGAUAGCUGGGAGAAACGAAAUGCCAGACGCCUGCCAGAGGGGUUUGUACAGACGUCUAGGAGAUUUUCUUCCAAGUCGGGUUCGCCGUCUGAUAUGGAGGACAACGAAUCAAAGACAAGUUCAAUGGCGCAGCCACCUGGAGAUGGUAACGCGUCUGGCACAGGCGAAGAGAGCAGUCCGCGUCCGCACGGGGGAUUGCUAGGUGAAUCCGAAGAUACAAUUGAGCGCGAAGCGCGUCUCUAUCGUGGCCGAUCCCGCAAAGGCGAGGCGGGACUUGCGCAGGAUCUGGAGGAAGAUCUCAUGGCCGCUGGGGACGCGAAGUUUCGGACACUUAAACAUCAAGUGGAUGGGCAUGAUCAGAAUGACUCGGGCUUCGCGAGCAAACCUGCUUAUCUUGCUGAAGGGUACCCUGAUGGCUUCAGCAAACCUCAAGACUCUCUUGAUUCAACAUUGUUUCAUGAUAUUGAGGACACUGCCCACGAUCCCGCAGGGCGUCUUCGACAUUUACGACAGAUUCUAGGCAUGCAAAGCAAGUCCAUCACGACAUCAGAAAUUCGUCAGGCCUGGAGAUUGUACCUCUCCCUGGCUGAUGUUGACAAACAGGAUGCUCGCCUCAAGGAGAAGCUUCUAGUAUGGCUCGAUGAACGAACGGAUGAUCUUGCGGACGCACACAUGUUCUCGCUGUAUUGCUCCAUACCCAUAGACGCGCGCACGCUCAUUACGUACCAAACCGUCGCAAGAUCUUUUGUGAGACGCCGGGAAAUAGCGAUGUUACACGCGAUGCAUAAGGAGGCUCUGCGUGGCAUUCCCAAUGGCCAGCAAAUCACAUUUCAGCUAUUCGAAGAGGGUCUCAGAAGCCGAGACUGGACGCUUUCACGGCGGGUCGUCCUGGACCACGACAAAAUACUUACUAACGAUGGGCGGCCUCAACAGAUCCAGCUGUUCUGGGCCAAGGUACCUGGAAUACAAGAUCUGGUCGACCUCGUUACCCCUGUCGUGAAGACUGUAACGAGUGAUGCAAGGUUCAGAUGGGACUGGUCCAAGAAUUCUAGACGGGCGAUAAAGGUAUACUUGCGACUGUCCAAAGAGGCCAUACAACAAGCCACAGACUUGUUAUUCGUCGAGAAAUUCUCGCACCAGCAUGCGGAGAAGAUAUUUCACCUCCUCGGCUUCAUCAAUAAACUUGAUGGCGAAUCACACCAGUUUUUCCAUGAAAUGCUGACACGCUUGCUCCCUCGUCUGGGGAAACAUCUCCAUGAGCAAAAUGAUCCUGAAUCGGGCAUUUUACGGGAGGAUGCUCAUGCUAUCAUCUCGUACCUAUAUUGGCACUAUCGGGAAGGCAAAGGCGCCAAGCUCCACCCGGAUUUGAUGCUAAUCUGGCUCGAGCAUUUGACAAAGCGUAUGCAGAGAACAAACAUCGAAGUGCGUUCUGAGCGCAAUGUGACUGCGAACAUGGUGAUCGAGGAUUGGCAGCCAUGGCAUGCUCAACUAAGCGUCGAGGCGGCGCACCAGCUGAUCACGUACAGUGCCUAUGCUGGAGCAGUCAAGGCAGUAAAACGAUGGGUUGCAUACGUGAUGCGUCGGUAUCCGGCGUAUCAAGAAGAGCAGAAGACCUUCUGGGCUCAGAUUUAUGUUCACACCACCCUAUCAAAUCUUUCUGCCGCCAAGAAGGCCUUCAAUGACGUCCAACGGUCUGCCAGAGCGCAUGGAGAUCGGUUAGAUCUCAAGUGCUGGAAUGUCUUGCUGCACGCACAUCAGAAAGCCGACGAUCUCGAGGGCGCGAUCAAGACGUUCGCUAAAUUGGUCCAGUUUACGAGCUUAACCCCCGACAUCUCCUCCUUUGAUGCUCUCCUUAUCAUGCUCGCCCGUCGGGGCGAUGUCGAUGCUAUAUCUGACAUCUUGAAGCAGUACGACGUGUUGACACAAGGGAAGCGUGUGACCUGGUUCGUUAACAUGCAGUUGAGGGCAUUGAUUUUUCUUGACGAUGUGCCACGAGCCGAACUGCUGCUUGCCGAGACAAUGCAUCAGGUACGUAAUGGAGAAGUGAUCGGAUCCAUGACAGAAUGCUACAACACCUUAAUGUCCAAGUACGCCUCGGACCGCGAUAUGGACGGCGUAAUGCACACUUAUCGUCGCAUGAAGGAGGAGAGAAUUCGUCGCAACAAGAAAACAUACCAGCACAUGAUGCAAGCGCUUGCCAAUUUUCGCCGGACCAGUGCAGCUUGGGCAAUCUUGAUCAAGGUAAUGAAGGCCGACGGGUUUGAGCCAACGGCUAAACAUUAUACUGUGGCCAUGGCUGGAUUCUGCAACCAGAAUGAACCCGAGAAAGCUAUCAUGGUACAUAAUCGCAUGUUGGCCGCGAACAUCCGUCAGAGUGUUGAUACCAAAGCAGCGUUGAUCAGAGCCAAGGGCUUGGUCGCGAGGAAAGCUCGCAAUGAAGCUCGCCUCUCGGGCCAAGAAUAUCCGGAUGCUCUGGCGAGUGCUUUGACUGAUCUUCGUGACGCUGUGGACAAUAUACAGUUGAGAGAAGUUGCGAAUGCUGGAAACUACACAGUGCAGGAUGCAUUUUCUCCAACGAUGUGGCUUCUGGGUGGUGAGCGACAUCUUGAAGCUGUUCAGCGGCUGUUUCAACAGUCAAAGGAAAUUGCUGAAAAGUAUGGUCACUCUCCGUGGCCCACGAUUCGCCUUUCGGCUGCUUUGAUGAACGCUAUGUAUCAUGCCAAGGAGCACGCUCAAGUUGAGGCUUACUGGAAAGUUGUCAAAGAUCAGGCAGACAGCAUUACGCCUCUUACAACAAUACCAAACUUUAUCGCUCUACGCGAAAAAGCUCGGGGUCAAGAUCAGGUACAGCGCAAAACGGGCGUGAAGUCAACGGAGACCGCGGCCGAUGAUCAAGCAGAAGUCGGAUUCGUGACCAGUGAGAACUCCACAAUGGCGCAGGUGCAGACUGUUUCCGCAGAACCUCAAUUGGGACAGAUUGGACCACGACCAGCUCCUGCGCGACGCCACGUCCUUAAUAGAACUUUCAAAAUAUAUCUCGCCUCUCUUGUUGCGCAGAAUCGCGUAGUAGACGCCAUCAAAGAAGCAAACCGUCUUCUGACUCAAGGCUAUACUUUCGACAACGUAACCUGGAAUCGUCUGGUGCAGUCCAUUGCUGGCUCGAACCCACCUCUUACCCUCUUGUCCUUCACAUUGACAGAACGUUACCUUAUCCAGAACUUCCCAGGCUGGGUUGGCCGCGAGGCGCGGAAAUUCUGGCCUCGCAAACCUGCGAGAGACUUUGGCAUGGAGUAUAUUCGAGCUCGUUACCUUGCCAAGACUGAAUUGAUGCCACAAUAUCGAACAUUCAUCUGGCUCGCCAAGGCCUUUCUCAAUCUUCAACGCCGCGAGACCGUGGGCUGGCAAGGCGACGACCAGGGCAAUGACAUCGAUCCUUUCUUAGAGAAUUUUGUUGGUACUCUCAAGCAGGUUCGCGAGACGGCACCUCGAACCUUGCAUUUUGUGCAAUUAAUGCCGCGGAUUGAUGAUAAGUGGCAGAACAGAUUGCUGCGAGGCAUCGGCUGGGACUUCCCACCAGGCUCAGAUUCGGGGACCGUUAUUGGAGACGCUAGGCUCGAAGAGCCGAAUGUCCUCGACGCGAAGCUGAGCACGGAAGCAUCCAGUGAUGAGGAGGCUGUUUUCCAAGUUGAUGCCGACAUCGAACCUGCGGACGACGCCCUCACGCCUUUUACACCUAUUUCAAUUGAUGCCGAUGUGCAUACAGAAGUCGACUCUGGCAACAAGGGCGAGCAGGCAUUGAGUUCUUUUCUAGCUGAUGUUGGCAUCGAACCUGCUGAUGAGAAUUUUUCCGAAUCAGACAGUUCUCUCAAGCGUGAGGAAGCUAUUUCAAGUGAUACCGAUGGGCGGCAUGCAGAAGUCGAUUCUAGUGGCAAUGAGGGCGAGCGGGCCUUGAGUGAAGAGGAGGCUACUUCCCCAGCUGACUCUGGCAUCGAAUCCGCUGAUGAGAAUGCUUCUGACGCAGACAGUUCUCGCAAGCGUGAGUAAGCUAUUUCAAGUAAUAGCGAUGUACAUACAAAAGUCGACCCUGGCAAUGGGGGCGAACGGGCAUCUAUGGACGACUCUGCAGACGAUGUGGACGUUAGUUUCCAUAACGAAGACACAAAGAGAAGGGAUGGCGGUCUGUGAUGAUAUUGUAGAUACAGAUAGGUGUGAAUAUGUAACAACAUCAAGUGUACACAUUGGAC